UGAGGAUGACCAGUGGGAUCGGACAUUCAAGAGCUUGCGCUCUAGCACUCUUCUUCAUGGGUGUUUCGAGUGUCUUGGGCAUGGCAUCUGAUAUCACGUGUAUCGCCGAGUCUUCUCCACCAAGAAAGAGGAUUUUGCCUUUCAAUCAUAAGAUAGGUAUGGAAAACACACCGGAUGACGGCAAGGAAGGCUCUCUUGUUGCAUCUGACACUCAACCUAUCUCUAACCCACAAGAGGAAACACGGCCAGAAGGUCACUUAGCUAUCCAGAACAAUGCGAGGACUUCAAACACUCCAGAGAAAACAGAAGUCGAAGCGCGUCGCUCAGCAAUGUCAAGGAUGGUUAUCCGCUCCGAAAAUGAGUUUUUUGACUUUCAACUGCUCUUUCCCGAAAAUGGCCAACCGUUCAAACCGAACAUUGCAGGGUUAGAGAGUGCGGCGAACUAUCUGUAUGAAAGAAAACUCGCCGAGAUAGUAAAAGGGCGACCAUUAUUACUCAGAGGAGGCGGAGUGACAUUGCCUCCUGAACUAGGGGGUUCUAUAGAUCUGAUAUUGAUAAAAGACUGUCUUGCGCCUUUUGAGAAGGUUGUGGAGACCAGCGUCUCUCAGGCACAUGUGGAGAAUGUGGAAGUGAAGUUGAUGAUGUCCCAUUGGAGCGAUCUGAUGAUUCAUUUCUUCCAUGAUUUGAAAAACUUUCAACUUGUACCCGAAGAUAUCCUUUCCCAAUUCCUCAGGGAAGACCAAGGCCGAUUAUUCUGGAGUUUCAUUAUCGCCAAGUACCCUCCGUUCGAUGUUGCAAGCACUUACCUUAACUUUGACCUCAGAUUGAGCAUUGCGAAGGACCGUCACAUUCAGAAUACCGAUCUGAAGAGGAUUUUUCAAGCAUUCGAUGAGGAGACUUGGAAACAGCUUGAAUUCCAAUUGCUGAAGGCUCGAUUGACACACAAGGCCACGCAAGUUUCUUCCAAAGCUUUUGAUCAAAUCAGGGAAGAUUUUCUCCGAAUCGCAUUGCCAAAUAAAGCAACUUCAGCAGCUCAAAUCAGUACUCUGUUGAAAGACCUUGUGGCCUACAUUCCUAAAGUAAUGGUUGGAGAAAAUCAGCCCGAGAAGAUUCUUGUCCACUUGAAACUCCUAUAUGACAUGUCCAAAUUUCUCCACAGAUACCACCCAGAGGUUGUAUCCAAUGAGCUCAAGGAAUCCGCAAUCACCUUCCAUCAACUUCGGGCAUUUGAAGAAUCUGUUGGACUGAUCUCAACUCUCAAUCACUUUUUGUAUGAACAAUCAUACCUGUUUUUUCUGAAUUUGAAGGAAGAACCCAAGGAUAUUAGCCUUUGGAAUAGGUUCAAGAGAUGGGUGUUGAAUGAUCAAACUAAUUACCAAGCGGUCAAACUUCCAGAGCAACUCAAAGAGAAGUUAAAAGGUUCAAGCUAUCUGACUGAUUCCAAUACUGAUAGAAGAGUAGAUGUUGAUAUAGACCCUGAAAGUCUACAAGAAUUAGAAAGGUCACCAGAAUAUGUGAAUUUCUACAGCCAAUUUCCGAAAGAAAUGAUCUUUGAUUUUGAAAAAGGGGGUUCAUUAUCGGCAGUCUCACUGCAAAGAUGUGAAGACCAGUACCUCAGAUACCUCGUCCAGGUUAAAAAACUCAAGGAACUUGAAGAUUCAAGCAUCACAAACAACACAGAUUUCUCAAAAUUUAUUGAACAUUUUGAAUUGAUGGGCAUGGCUAAUUUCAGGACUUCUCAACAAGCUCUCAGAGAGCAAAUUGAAAAAUACUCUGAUGCUUUUAACCUGGGACCAACUCAAAAACUUUACCUAACCUCACCUGUCCAAUUGGUUAAUGGGCACUAAAUGUUGUUGCUGCUGCUAGUUCAAUUUUUUCCAGAAAUAUCAGUCCAUCUUUGACUCUUGCAUGUUG